GUGCUGCUGCUGAUGCUGCUGAGCUCUUGUAUCCGAGGAGCAGCAGGCACGGAGCAAAAGAGAGGGAGGUGAAAAAGGAUAGCAGGGAGAGAGAAAAAGACAGAAAGAGAGAGAGGGGGGAGACAGGGACACCACCUCAUCAAGGAGAAAAGGACAGAGUAAACUACGCACAAUACUGCAUAAACAUGACCUUGGCAGCAUAUCGAGACAAGGUGAAGGAGCUCCCUCUAGUGUCACUUUUGUGCUCCUGCAUCAAUUCAAACCCUGUAGAAAAUCCCACAUACAAGGCUGAAGAUGCAGUGGAUCUCAACUGGUGUGUGAUCAAAGAUAUGGAGGUCAUUGAGCUGAACAAGCGGGCGUCGGGCCAGGCGUUUGAGGUGAUCCUGAAACCCCCUUCUUUUGACGGCGUGCCUGAGCUUAACACAUCCAUGCCCCAGCGUAAGGACCCCUCACUGGAGGAGAUCCAGAAGAAACUGGAAGCAGCUGAAGAGAGGCGGAAGUUUCAGGAGGCUGAGAUGUUAAAGCAUCUUGCUGAGAAGAGGGAGCAUGAGAGAGAGGUCAUCCAGAAGGCCUUUGAGGAGAACAACAACUUCAUUAAGAAUGCUAAAGAAAAGCUGGAGCAGAAGAUGGAGGCCAACAAAGAGAACCGCGAGGCUUUGCUUGCCGCCAUGCUGGAGAGACUACAGGAAAAGGACAAACACGCAGAGGAGGUGAGGAAGAACAAAGAGCUGAAAGAGGAGGCCUGCCGGUAGAGGAGCGCCCGCUGCGCAGGACUGCUUUGACUAUAGUCAAGGGAGAUGAAACCGGUGAAGAGAAAAUAAAGCAAACGGUAGCCAAUACAUCUCAAAAAAGGGGACAUAUUGGACACUGAUAAUGACAAUUUGCAACACACCAAGCUUUUGUGAGGUUUAACAACAUCAAAACUACUUAAUAUUAUUAAAAACAGGAAGAUAUUGUCUAGAUGACAAUGCAAGGUGCACUAAAAGUACGUUGCUUGGUAGAACCCAGAAGGUUGCUUCAGAAAAAAAAAAGAAUGAAUAGACCGAUCUUUUGAAAUGAGGAAGAGGACAGGGGAAAAAUGAUGAAAAGGGAUGCUUUAAUAACCUCCAUAACCAGUACAGAUGAAUAUGUUAACAUAAACUACAUGUUAAAGUCACUCUUUACUAAUGGCAGUAUCUCUUUACAGUCUAAACCACAAAAAGCAUCUUUUUUCAAAACUUGUGCCAUCUACUGAGGCUUUGGCUCAUGCUUCUUUAAUUAUCAUUUGAUAUUAAUAUUCAGUAAUCAGUAGGGUUUCAUAAAACCUCAGGCAUGCUUAUACAAUAUACAUUAUAGGAGGCUGGAGAUACAAUAUCUAUCACAUUUCCUAUUGUGACAAUGCAAGGUAAAAAUAUGAUCGAUUGAAUAUAA